UAUAAAAUAAUAAAAAUAUAUAAUUGUGACUAGAACUUAUUAAGUGUAAUAGCUAACUGAUACAAUAGAAAUUUUCCUAAACAACUCUAAACAAAAAACUUACAAUCUCCUUCAAAAAGGCAUGAUAUUAUAUUCAAAAUAUUAUCUUUAAAAUAUAUAUCAGAUGUUUACGUACUUUUUAAUAAUACAAGUACUAUCGAGUUUUGUAUUUUUCAUUCAGUAACGAAUCUCAGUUAUUCACUGAUGGUUAGCUACUCCAAAUAUGCUGUAAGAAACGUAAAAGUCAAGAAUAAUUGCUGGUUCUGUUGAUACAACAAUCUUCAAGAUGGAUCUAAACAACAUAAGGGAGCAAAAGAAUGACACUCAAAAUAUUGAUAAAGGAAUAAUGGAGCUUGGUGACACAAAAUAUCGAGAAAAUGGCACUGAGAUUGUUAAUAAAGGUCCAAAAUUUGGAGCUAGACAUGUCCAAACUUUCCUCAUGUUCUUGCUCUUAGCUGUUGGCUACGCCAUGAGAGUUAACUUGUCCGUUGGAAUAGUUGCCAUGACAGACAAUACCAGUACACCUAAUCCAGAUAUACCUACGUACCACUGGACAAACAAAAGCUUUAUUUUGUCCACAUUCUUUAUGGGAUACGUGACUCUACAAAUUUUUGCCGGUGAAUUGGGCAAGAAAUAUGGCCCUAAAUGGUUUUUGGUAGGUGCCAUGGUGAUAAAUUCACUUGGAUGUAUGCUGACACCUAUAAUGGCAGAACUAUACGACUACUAUGGUGUUAUUGGAUGCAGAGUAGUCCAAGGGAUAUUCCAAGGGUUUUUCUUUCCAUCAGUUCAUAAUAUAUUAGGGAAAUGGGCUCCAGAAGAUGAAAGAUCUACAUUAGGAAACAUUAUAUUUACAGGUGUUGCAUUUGGUACCAUCUUCGCCAUGCCAGUGACUGGUGUCAUUUCAGCCUCCUGGGCAGGAUGGCCGGCGGCAUUUUACUUCUUCGGUGGUGUCGGAUUGGGUUGGUGCGUGCUGUGGAUUAUAUGGGGACGAAACAGUCCAGCCGAUGACAAAACGAUAACUCCAGAAGAGAAAUAUUAUAUUGAAUCGUCGCUUAAAAAUACAGGAGAUAAAAAGCCGCCUAAAACUCCAUGGAAGGAAAUCUUAACGUCAAUGCCUGUAUGGGCAAUAGUUGUGGCAAAUUUCGGACAAAAUUGGGGAUACUCGGCUCUUCUGACCGAAAUAUCAAAUUAUUUGAAUAAAGUUUGUGGUCAGGAUGUUUCAAGUAGUUCUUGGUUAUCAGCUGCACCAUACCUAGCUCUCUUCAUCCUAGGAAUGACGUUUGGCCCUAUAGCUGAUUGGCUUAUAGUCAAAAACUACCUCUCGGCAACUAACACGAGAAAACUGAUGAACACAAUAGGGACUUUUGGGCCAGCUAUUGCCCUUGCCGUCCUUGGUUAUAUACCAAAAGAAAAUAUCUUUUUGAUUGAAACACUCUUAAUUAUUGCUGUUGGUAUCAACGCAGCUGUUUGGUGUGGUUUCCAGGUGAAUCACGUGGAUUUAUCACCGAAGUUUUCAGGAAUUUUGAUGGGACUGGGAAAUGGAUCAUCGAAUAUAUUCUCCAUUGUAUCCCCUAACAUAGUGGGGGCUAUUGUUACUCAUGAAACAGAUCCAACGCAGUGGCGAACAGUUUUCUUAAUAGCAGCCGCUAUAUACAUCUUAUCGGAUAUAUUUUUCGUUAUUUACGCAAAAGGAGAACGACAAUGGUGGGAUAGCUUAGGAGAUGAAGAGGAGACUACCGAAAGUGAUUCCCAAUUUCAAGAGAUCAAAUUGGAGAGAGAAUCUUGAUUAGUAUUUAUAUGUAUUAAAUAGUGUUUUUUUAUAAUAAGACUUUGUACUAUAUUAAAUAAUAUAUCUUCUUUUAUA